GUUACCAUAGCAACGAGGGGAGGCCCAUCCGCAGACGGGCAGCCUUUCCCAUGUCGCUGCCGGAGCCUGUCAGGAGGCGGCUGAGCUCCUUCAGUCGGACCGUCUUCACCGACAAUAACCGCACCGGUCCCGACAGCCGAAGCGACGACAACCUUCCGGAUAAUGAACUCGUCUCCAGUUUGCCGCUGCAGAUGGCCCUCUAUUUCAACCUUUGCUUUUUCCCGUUCUGGUGGGUGAGUAGCGUUGUCAUGCUACAGCUGAAGUACCCGGUCUUACCAGAUUACUACAAAUUCAUCCUGGUGACAAUCAUGAUAAUAAGUUCUCUGAUAGAGGUGAUCCGUCUGUACCUGGGAUACAUGGGCAAUUUACAGGAGAAGGUUCCCGAACUGGCCGGCUUUUGGCUCCUGAGUCUCUUUUUGCAGCUGCCCUUAAUCCUCUUCCUGCUUCUAAACGAAGGCCUGAGGAUCCAGCCCCUGGAGCGAGCCGUCCAUAUCGUCUUUGUGGUCUUCCUCGUUUUUCAGGUCGUCGUGGCUUUCCUCGCUCUCAAAAAAAUGGUCAACCAGCUGGCCACUCGUUUCCGCCUGCGCGAAUUUGACCGCCUGGACAAUCCUCUCCCCUCCGGUCGUCAGGGCGGGCCAAAAACGAGAGCGGAAAUUCCAUGGGCGGUGGGAUCCCCCGCGGAAGGAAUUCGUCCCACCAGUGUUGGGUGGGGGUCCGCCGUGAGGGCGUGA